GGAAGCCCUGGGACAUGGCUGCUACCACCGUGCUGGGCUGCAUUGCUCUGCUCUGUGCCACAGGUCGGUCUCAUGGGGUACAAGUCACUAUGCCUGAUCACAAGAAGGCAGUCAUGCUCUUCCAGCCUACCUUACUGCGGUGCCAUUACUCCACGACCUCUUCCCAGCCAGUCCUGGUGCAGUGGAAAUAUAAGUCGUUUUGCCAGGACCGUACGGAGGAGGCAUUGGGCAUCAGCAAAACCCCCAGCAAGGCCUACAUGGGAGGGAACCAGUACCUAGACUGUGCCGACGGCAGCAGGACAGUGCGUCCCGUGGCUUCCAAACUGGGGACGUCUGUGACCAUGGGAGACUUCUACAAGGGGAGAGACAUCUCCAUCGUUAACGAUGCCGACCUCCAGUUUGGGACUGUGCAGUGGGGUGAUAGUGGCCUCUAUUACUGCCUCGUUGCUGUACCUGAUGAUUUGGAAGGCAAAAACGAAGACCGGGUGGAAGUCCUUGUGAUGGGCAAGACUGGGGUGCUGGCUGAUCUCUUGCCCAGUUUUGAAGUGGAAAUUAUGCCAGAGUGGGUUUUCGUCUGUUUGGUCAUACUCGGUAUUUUUCUCUUCUUUGCCAUGGUGGGAUUAUGCUGGUGCCAAUGCUGUCCGCACAGCUGCUGCUGUUAUGUGAGGUGCCCUUGCUGCCCAGAGACCUGCUGUUGCCCCCGAGCCUUAUAUGAAGCAGGAAAAGCUGCAAAAGUCGGCUACCCACCCACCGCUCCCACCGCCUGCCCUCCGUACUACAUCUCCACCGUUCCGGUAGCUCCUGUACCAGCGCCAAUGAUAAUGGAAAAGCAGCACGUGCCCCCACUGGUGCAGAGUGACUCUCUAGGAGGGCAAAAUGUACGAAAAGGUUACCGCAUUCAGGCGGACAAGGAGCGAGAUUCAAUGAAGGUCCUUUAUUAUGUGGAGAAAGAACUGGCCCAAUUCGACCCGGCCCGCCGGAUGCGAGAGAGAUACAGCCACACGAUCUCGGAGCUAAGUUCCCUACACGAUGACAACUCUCACUACAAUCGCUCCUAUCGCCAAGUCCGCAGGAAGCCUCUUCCCACCAGCUGCAAUGUCGAUGGGGAUGCAGAAUACUGGUCCGGCGUUGUCGGGGGAACCGCAAGGUCCUCCAAAUUCAGGGAUGACAGAGAGAGUUUUAGGAGUAGCCUCCAGAGACCAACAUCUGAAGUCUUAGAAAGGAAAUCCUUUCCCAUGGCAGUUCAGGCUGUUUCUACUGACGAGUUAGCAGCAUUUGCAGACUCGUACAAACAGAGGCCUCGGAGGGCCGACAGUCGGGGACCUGGCACAGGACCGAGGUUCGAGAGGUCCGAGUCAAGAGGAAGGUCACUCUACCAGGACAGCUCAACCGAUGACUACUAUGGAAAACGAAACUAUAGCAGGGAAAUCUUUUCAGACAAUGAACGAGGCUGGUCCUUCAGCCCAUCUAGGAUACGAGCCCCAGAGGACAAGCACCUUCCCAAAAGGAUAACUAGAAUGGGACAGAGUUACGAUGACGCUUACCUUAGCAGUAUUCUAGAACGGAAGUCGAGGGGUAUCGAGGAAACCAUCAUCACCCCGUCUAAGCUAAGCCUGCGGCAAAAUUCCAGCCGCAGCUACGGUCGGUCUCCAACGUUCAAGACUGGAGAAGGCAAGGACCAUCACAAAGUUGAGGAAGAAGACUCACUUCCUCCCUACAGCGAGAGAGAGCUUGCCAGGGCUCUCCCGUUUCGUUCAAGAGAACAUUCCUAUCUCAGCGCCUCCGACAAGAGGAAGAAAAAGGAGCAGCCCAGUAAAACAGGUGAUUUCCCAAACAGAAUGUCCCUCGUUGUCUGACAUCGUGAAAGACUUAAGGAAGAUUCUCAAUUGGAGGAGGCACUGAGGCAGUCCUGGUUUACGAAUGACAGAGCCAUGAGCCACUGUGCUCCAAGGAUUCCCUUCUUGACGUGGAAGACCUUUUAACUAGCCUAUUUACCAGUGGACAGGAGACCAUGUGUCUUUGGGCCUUAAGUUGGAGCACUGGUCUCCUGCGGGGUGUACAACCCAGAGUCUAAUGGACCUCAAAAAAAUAAAUAAAUAAUCUGGAGGGAUAAGCAGGGCAUCAUCACAAGUUGCUGUGAUUUUAGAUUCUGCAAGGACUAGCCUUAGACCAGUUUAAUAUUUUCUCCUAGAUCAAUUGAUAGGGGUGAUCUCUGCCUCCAUGCUCCAACAUUCCUUAUGUCUCACACUCAGUGUUAUUUUUGUACCAUUAAGACCUCUUUGUGCCUCUCAUUCACACAGUCCCAAAGAAGGACGAGUGGUGUCUUUUUGUAUGCAGUGGGCAGAAUUCAUGGACAUGGCU